AUGGCACCUAACAAGGAACACGUUACCAAACUCGUCAAUGCAGAUCCAGGUUUACCCAGAUCAAACCCAACAAAGUCUUACUGGCAACACAUCCCCCACCCACUCGCCAAUACCCAAUCUCCAACUCUACCCUCGGAGGUGAAUUAUACGAUAAUCGGAUCAGGAAUCACAGGACUCUCCAUCGCAAAAACAAUUCUGGAGAAAAGUCAAGCUGCAAGGGUCACGAUUUUAGAAGCUCGGGCGCUGUGUUCUGGUGCAACAGGCCGUAAUGGCGGACAAAUGGCCGCUAAUGCGGGCGAGGAGUAUAUGCAUUUGGCAACAAUGCACGGACCGGAGAUGGCGGGGCGAAUUGCGAAUUUUACUCUGAGAAAUUUAGAGCGAAUGCAGGAUCUGAUUGAGGAGUAUGAUGCGGUUGAAGUUAGUGAGAUGCAGCGGUUGCAGAAGUUGAGGGUUUUCUUGACGGCUGGGAAAUUUUCUGAAUUCAGGGAGAGUAUUGGGAGAAUGGAAAGGGAUCAUCCUUCGCUGAGGGGGCUUUAUACGAUUCUUGAUAAACAGACGGUGCUCAAGGACUUUGGCAUCCAUGGUGCAGCUGGCGGAGCACUGAUCCCGGCUGGUACAGUUUGGCCGUACAGACUAGUGACGAGGGCUUUUGCGGACCUGUUGAAGAAAUACUCAGAUCGAUUCACGAUAGAAACAAAUACUCCGGUCCUGGGUGUGGAGCAUGAUCCGAAGUCCGCGACUCCUUUCCCCUACACGCUGCGCACAUCCCGUGGCCCACUUCGCGCAGGAAAUGUCAUCUAUGCCACAAAUGGACAUACAGGACAUCUUCUGCCUCGUCUUCGAGGACGGAUUCAUCCAUUCAAGGGUACAAUGACAGUUCAAGACCCUGGUACCUCGGCCCCUAAACAGGGGGAUUCUGUUUCUUGGGGAUUCCAUUAUCCGCCCACCUACGACCCUGCCACAGGACGAUCGGGCUUUGGGCUCUAUUAUCUCGGCCAGAGUGCGAAGACGGGAUACUUCUAUUUUGGAGGCGAGAAUGCGCGAGUCGAUGAUACCGUUUCGGCUGAUGAUAGCUUUGUUGGAGAGAAUUCUGUUUCGCAUUUGCAGAGUGUCUUGCCGCGGUUUUUUGGGAAAAGUGAAUCUUCCCCUUGGAAGCUUGUUAGCUCCUGGAGUGGAAUUAUGGGGUUUUCGUCUGAUGGAUUGCCUCUGGUCGGACGUUUACCUUCUUCUAUUUCUGGGCGUAGUGGCGAAGGGGAAUGGAUUGCGGCUGCGUUUAAUGGGUAUGGGAUGGCGAAUUGCUUGCUGAGUGGAGAGGCAUUAGCAUUGAUGGCUUUGGGGGAACGAGUCGACUGGCUUCCCAGUGCAUAUGGAUUGGACGAGGAGAGGCUGAGGAAUGUUUUGACUGCGCCAGAGUCCGUCAAGGCGCUGACUGCAAAGUUAUAA